AAAACUAAUGUGUGCGACCGUGCUAAUUGCCAUAGACUAGCUGGCAGCCGGUUAGCCUGCAGGCAAAUGAUUUUUGAACGUUUUUGAUUGACGUGACGUUUGUCAAAAAUCUUUUCCUUUUCAGCUCAGCCAAAAGAUGGGUAUUAGCCGUGAUCAUUGGCAUAAGCGGAGGGCUACGGGAGGCAAACGCGCUCCCAUCCGCAAGAAGAGGAAGUACGAGUUAGGGCGCCCUGCUGCUAACACCAAGCUUGGUUCUCAGCGCAUCCACUUGGUUCGCUCCCGUGGGGGCAAUACUAAAUAUCGCGCUCUGCGAUUGGAUACUGGAAACUUCGCAUGGGGUUCAGAAUGUGCCACUCGUAAGACCCGCAUCAUUGAUGUAGUAUACAAUGCCUCUAACAAUGAGUUGGUGCGUACCAAGACUCUGGUAAAGAAUGCUAUUGUUGUGGUUGAUGCCACACCAUUCAGGCAGUGGUAUGAGUCCCACUAUCUCUUACCACUUGGCAGGAAGAAGGGAGCAAAAUUGACUGAGGCAGAGGAUGCUAUCAUCAACAAAAAGCGCAGUAAGAAGACCGCAAAGAAAUAUGUAUCAAGGCAGCGCCUUUCCAAAGUAGAAGCCGCUCUUGAAGAACAAUUCCACACUGGUCGUUUAUUAGCAUGCGUGUCAAGUCGGCCCGGCCAGUGCGGCCGCUCUGACGGGUACGUGCUCGAGGGUAAGGAGCUGGAGUUCUACCUGAGAAAGAUCAAGUCCAAGAGGGCGAAGUAAAAGUGUAAUGUAAAAUAAACAUAAAAAAAUCUCA